AUGGCUUCUUCGAUGCUAAUGUCCUUUUCUCCGGCCACCGUGAGGUGCUUCGCCACGGGGNCGAAGGGGACCAGCAGCAGCACUACCACCACAAAAGAAGAGAAGAAUAUCAUUGACUUUGUUCUUGGCAGUUUAACGAAGCGAGAUCAGUUUUACGAGACCGAUCCAAUCCUCAAGAAGGUAGACGACAAAGAAGGAACCACCGGAGGUAACGGCGACCGUAAAACGGUCUCCGGCGGCAAGAACUCGGUGGUAGUGCCGCCGAAGAAGAACGGUGGCGGCUUCGGUGGUCUCUUUGCCAAGAAAUGA